AUCACAAAAUCAUGUGUUUUUCGAUUUCGGCGGCAAAAUGAACAAAAUGUCGAGAUAAUUUGCCACAAAUGUACAUAGAAUUUAGCCUACGUGAUGUAGUAAGAGUAGGAGAAAUUGAAGUAGAAGUACUGACCAGAUUUCGCGGUUUUUUUCAGUGCGGAAAUUAGUGUCGUGUCUCUGAAGUUCAACUUUGAAUCUAUCUUUUUUGCUGUUUGAAUUUCGGUUUAAUAUUUCAACUUUUAUUUCAUUAAUUCGCAAUUAUGUAUACUGCUACCAAGAAGCUAUCCAACUUUACCAUCAACGAAAGUAACUUGAACGAGGAUAAGGAGAAUAUCGCCUACAAUGGCCGAUCCAUUGAAUCGUACAAACCUAAGGAAGUCCAUGGCAUGACCGAACAUCGGAAGAAAUUCAAUCCCGAAAUAGAACCUUUAUUGAAGCCUAAUCCUCGUAGAUUUGUCAUAAUGCCGAUCAAGUAUGAUGACAUAUGGGCCAUGUUUAAAAAAGCAGAAGCCUCGUUUUGGACAGCUGAAGAAGUAGUCUUAGACAAGGAUUUCAGAGAUUGGGAAAAACUGAAACCGGAAGAAAAGAAAUUCAUCUCACACGUCUUGGCAUUUUUCGCAGCUUCGGAUGGUAUCGUAAACGAAAAUCUGGUCGAACGUUUCUUCCAAGAAGUUCAGAUCCCUGAGGCUAGAUUUUUUUACGGAUUUCAAAUCACCAUUGAAAAUGUGCAUUCCGAAAUGUACAGUUUAUUGAUCGAUACGUACAUUAAAGAUCCUACUGAACGAGAUUUUCUAUUCAAUGCGAUUGAAACGAUGCCCUGUGUUAAGAGAAAAGCAGAUUGGGCAUUGAGAUGGAUUGCUGAUAAAGAUGCGACUUUUGGAGAAAGGAUUAUUGCGUUUGCGGCCGUCGAAGGCAUUUUCUUUUCUGGAAGUUUUGCUGCGAUAUUUUGGCUUAAAAAGAGAGGCCUAAUGCCUGGAUUGACUUUCAGCAAUGAAUUAAUAUCUAGAGACGAGGGUUUACAUACCGAUUUUGCGUGUUUGAUGUUCAAACAUUUGGUUCAAAAACCCAGUGUUGAAGAAAUUACCGAAAUUAUUCGUGACGCUGUUAUAAUUGAACAAGAAUUUUUGACCGAUUCUUUACCAGUAUCGAUGAUUGGAAUGAAUAGCGAAUUAAUGAAGACGUAUAUUGAAUUCGUCGCCGAUAGAUUAUUAUUAGAAUUGAAUUGUCCUAAGUUGUACAAUUCUCAAAACCCGUUCGAUUUCAUGGAGAAUAUAUCCUUGAAUGGAAAAACGAAUUUCUUCGAGAAGAGAGUCGGUGAGUAUAAGAAAAGCGGAGUUAUGUUUCCUUCUGGCGAAAACGAAUUCAAGUUAGAUGCGGAUUUUUAAUUUAUCUAUGUUUUAAAAUUUCUUGUUGUGUGUUAUAAUUCUAGUUUUUUGUAUAACUGUAUUAAAACUUAAAAGACCUAUUAUUUUAAUCUUUACGUUAGGAGAUUUCUUUGUAAUAUUUUUUUCACAUUUUCGAUUUCCUUUUUAAACGAGUUCUUUACUUUAAUAUUCUAAGUUACUUUUUACUGUUUAAAAACAGAAUGUAUGAUCAUUUUCUCGGGUAAUCGCAUGCCUGAUGGAUAUCAGUAGACUUUAUUAAUAGAUUUUAAGUUUGAAUGGUGUACCAUAGAAUGGGUGUUAUUAGAUGUAUUUAUUGUGAUUUUUGAAAAAGUUGUUCUUUUGAUAAGCGAUGCUCUUUCGAUAUCAAGAUUUCCAAGUCGAACAUAUGACUUUAAUAACUGCAGUUUCGUAUGUAAACCUGUAUUAUUUUGUAUUAGUUCGUAGUUAUUUAUUCCCAUCUCUGAGAACGUGUCAUGUAAAUUGAAAUUUAUAUCGAACAUUACCUACGUUGUUUUGAUUUUUAAUUCAGAGAUUCAUCACUAUUAUAAUUUAUAUUUGAGACUAAUUUGUUGAUAAUUUUUACCUAAAUUUAAUGGUUUUUGUGACUUAUUUGGUUGAUCGAUGUAGAGCAAUCCGAACAUCUUAGUAGUUUGAUUUUAUUUAAUUUUUGUAAUAAAAUUUUCCAUUGAAAA